AAACAACAGUCCAGAGUCGAGAGAAAAAUCGAGGCGAAGGUGCGGGCACGCGGACGCCUUGGUGGGUGGCCGCAGCUGUGCAGAGGGUCGUCCACUCGCAGGUCAGUCCACAUCUUCUAACUUCGUCACAAAGUAGUUGCUGGGGAUCGGAAUCAACGGCGAGUCGCGCCCUUGUCACUUCAUUUCAGCUUCUUGGCCAUGCAGGCGAGCUGUUCGAUGAAUUGCUCAACGCAGGUUACUCAACAUACUCCAUAAGAACAGUCUUAAAUUCGUCCCCUUGUAACACAAUAAUUUCACAUUAGAAUUCAGACACCUUAGCGAUUUGGAGAAAUUUCUUCUUCCCUGUUUGAAACUUUCCUUGACGGGUAAACUGAUCCGCAUUUCUUAGUAAAGUCAGUCCACCGGUAGGUGUGCUGUUGCUUUCUGAUAUCCUGGAAUGGACUUUGAAGUCAACCGGAGAAUGGGUACCAGUCUGCCAGCACUUAAGAACCUAAUCACAAGGCAAGAGCGCUAAGCCAUCUAAACACAAACAAGAAAAGGGACGAGUAGCUAUGCUCUCUGGGAUGACGAUUCCGAGCUCUUCAUCCAUUCGAGCAGCGGUUGGCACCAUCGGAGCAGUCGUGCUUCAGCUCCUGGUGGCAGCACUGGCAGAAGCCCCAAUAGCCUUGCCCGGCUGCCCGGAUAGUUGCAGCGACAUUGCCGUGCCGUACCCUUUCGGCAUCGGCGAAGGUUGCUUCUAUGAGGGCUUUGAUCUCACCUGCCAGAAGCAGCACAGAACAAAGCUGUUCUUCGGAGAUGGCAUGGAGGUGCUUGGUAUCUCCUUGCCCGAGGGCAUAGUGCGGAUCGAUAGCAAUGUUUUCCAGUCGGUCUCUCCUGACUUCAACGGCACAUGGUCCGGGCCACCAGCCACCAGCCCCUUCACGGUGUCGAGCCGAUACAACUGGUUUGUGGCCUACGGUUGCAACAUUGUUGCCCAGCUCAUUCCAUAUGGCACAGCUGUCGGCAACAUCAGCACCUGCGCCUCCAUGUGUGUGGACAGCGUGGAGGAUAUCAGCAGCCCUAUGUGUUCAGGCAUCGGGCGUUGCCGUGCACCCAUAUCCUGGGACCUCACUUCCUAUCGCGUUCAAGUCACACAUAUGGCCGUUCAGCAAUAUACAGUUACAACAUCUUUGAAACAUACAGCUGCGUUCAUAGUUGAUAAGGCCUGGUUCAGCAUAUUUCAGAAGAAUAUUGAGCUCGAUCCUGUUCCAAUGUGUCAGCAUUGCGGCAUCCAAAGUGUUCCGGCAGUGUUAGAGUGGUCAUUGCAUUCUAAAUUUAGAUGCCAAAGCUCAAACAGCUUUACCUAUAAGGUUGAUAACAAUCAUCGCCGAAUACGAUGCAACUGUUCCCGAGGAUAUGAGGGCAAUCCGUACAUUGCCGAUGGAUGCCAAGAUAUUGAUGAGUGCCAGCGGCCAGAUGUUUAUCCAUGCCAGCACGGAGUAUGCAUCAAUAUGCUAGGGACAUAUCGAUGCUCAGCAAAGAAAAGCAGCAGCAGUCUCCCAGGUUUAAUCACCGUAAUUGCAAUUAGUGCUGGUUUUGGCCUACUGUUUUCACUUCUGGGCGUUGCCAAAAUCACCAAUAAGCUCAAACAACAAAGAGUCAAGAAGUCAAGACAAAACUUCUUCAAGAAAAACCAUGGACUGCUCCUCCAACAGUUAAUCUCUUCAAGCAAAGAUAUAGCUGAAAGAACAAGAAUAUUCAGCUUGGAAGAGCUAGAGCAAGCAACCAACAAAUUUGACCAUAAUCGCAUCCUUGGCGGUGGUGGCCAUGGCACGGUUUAUAAAGGCAUCUUAUCUGACCAACAUGUUGUGGCCAUCAAAAAGGCUAAAAUUGUCGUUCAAAGGGAAAUCGACCAGUUCAUAAACGAGGUUGUCAUACUUUCCCAGACAAACCAUAGGAAUGUGGUGAAGCUCUUUGGCUGCUGCCUCGAGGCAGAAGUUCCUCUACUUGUUUAUGAGUUCAUAUCAAAUGGAACUCUCGCCUUUUAUCUCCAUGGCCAAAGUGAGAACCAUCUAUCAUGGAAAGAUAGGUUGAGGAUUGCACUGGAAACUGCAAGGGCCAUUGCAUAUCUACACUCUGCUGCUUCCAUAUCAGUGUACCAUAGAGAUAUCAAAUGUGCAAAUGUACUACUUACUGAUACUUUAACAGCAAAAGUAUCUGAUUUUGGAGCUUCAAGGUCAAUUGCAAUAGAUGAAACAGGAAUACUCACAGCUGUCCAAGGAACUUAUGGUUACCUUGAUCCUGAAUACUACUACACUAGUCGACUCACGGAGAAGAGUGACGUCUAUAGCUUUGGUGUCAUCCUUGCAGAGCUACUGACAAAGGUGACACCAGUUUUUUCUUCUCAUUCAUCAGAAGGAACAAGCCUAGCAUCACAUUUUGUGUCACUUAUUAGAGACAACCGCUUGUUAGAUAUUCUAGACUCACAAAUCAUUGAGGAAGGAGGGGCUCAAGAUGCUGAGGUGGUUGCAAGACUCGCAGAAGCAUGCUUAAGUUUAAAAGGUGAAGAAAGGCCUACAAUGAGGCAAGUGGAGACAACACUUGAAGAUGUGCAUAACUCAAAGGUCCAUCUCGAUUCUCCGAUUACAAGGGUGAACCAGAAUGCUAUCAACGAUCAGUCAUACAAGGGAAACAAAGGCGAUGAAGGAACUAGACUGUACAGCUUGGAAAAAGAGUUCAUCCAAUCAUCUGAAAUUCCUAGAUGAUUUUACUUAUGUGGUGAAGUGUUGCGGUUACUAUUAUUAGCUUGGGAACUAAACUGUAAAUCAUUUGUAAAUUGUGAACUCUGAAUUAUAACCAUGUGUGUAUUUC